AUGCUUAAAUUUAUUCACAAGUCUAUUAUUCGUGCAAAUUCUCUUAAAAUGUCAACAAUUCCUGGUUGUCAUUUACGAUGGCCAACUACUGUGGAGGAGAUCAAAAGUAGAACAUCAUCGCUUGUAGAUUAUGCUCAUUCAGUGUAUAACAAAGUUGGUGAAUCCAAAGAUGCUUCUUCUUAUAAAUCAGUUGUAUUGCCAAUGUCAUUAUUUGAAGCUGUAUAUCAAACAGAAAGAAGUUGUCUAGACUUUCCACAGUAUACUCAUCCGUCAGCGGUUAUACGUGAUGCAAGUUGUGAAGCUGCGCGUAAAUUAAGUGAUGUUGAAGUGGAGUUAGAAAUGCGAAAGGAUAUAUUUGAAAAGUUUGUUUCAAUCCAGUCAAGUAUGAAUGAAUCAUUGAGUGAUGAAUAUCGUCGUUAUGUGAAUAGAAAAGUACAAUUAGGUCGUAGAAAUGGUCUUCAUUUGGAUAGCGACAGCAGAAAGAUAAUAGAAACUUUGAAUAAAGAAGAAAGUCAACUGUGUAUUGAUUUCAGUCGGGCUUUAAAUGAAGAGAACACUGUGCUGGAGUUUACUGAUGAAGAGUUGGCUGGAUGUCCUACGGAUUUUAUUAACAGUUUAAAAAAGCUUCCUUCGGGAAAACGUGAAAUUUCCCUGAAAUAUCCUCAUUAUUAUCCAGCAAUACAAAUGGCUUGUAAUCCAGAGACAAGAAGAGUUUUACAGACUAUGUUUAAUUCAAGAUGUGUGAAAGAGAAUACACCAAUUUUAAAACGUUUAAUGGAAUUACGUAAAGAACGUGCAACAAUCUUAGGCUUUCCUACACAUGCAGAUUUUAUGCUUGAUCUACGUAUGGCUAAAACAGCAGCUAAUGUCGACAAUUUUUUAAAUAAUAUUGGUUCAAAGUUAGAAAAAGCUCGUCGCAAAGAAACACAACGCUUAUUGGAAUUGAAGAAGGAAGAGUGUGAACGUUUAGGCUAUCCAUUCAAUAAUCGUAUUGAUCCAUGGGAUAUAAAUUACUACAUGAAUAAAGUAAAAGAAAAAGAUUAUUCUCUUGAUAUACAAGCAUUGAAAAAAUAUUUCCCUUUGACAACUAUUAAAUCAGGUAUAUUAAACUUAUAUCAACAUUUGUUGGGCUUAAAAUUUGAGCGUAUUCCCGAUCCGAAUGUAUGGCAUUCAGAAGUUGAAAUGUAUUCAGUAAUCGAUACACAAUCCAAUAAUCUACUGGGUUAUUUCUAUCUUGAUUUACAUCCACGAGAUGGUAAAUAUGGCCAUGCAGCUGUAUUCAGUUUACAAUCCGGCUGUUGUAGACCAUUGACUACUCUUCAUUGUGAUAAUCCUCCUAGAAAUGAUGCUGAAAGCAGUGGUGAUGAUCAACCAACACCAAUACCAUCAUUUGAACGUCAAGUGGCAAUAGCUGCAAUGGUAGCUAAUUUUACUGCACCGAAUGAAGAAACUGGUGAAGCUUAUCUAUUACACGAUGAAGUGAAAACAUUCUUUCAUGAAUUUGGUCAUCUGAUGCAUCAUAUAUGUUCGUGUACACAAACUGCAUUGUUUAGUGGAACACACGUUGAAACUGAUUUUGUAGAAUGUCCAUCACAAAUGUUAGAGAAUUGGGUUUGGUGUGAAGAAGGACUGAAUGCAUUACUUGGUACUGCUUCUGCUACUACUACGCCUACGCCGACUACGAACAAUAGUCAAAAGAUACCAAAAGAUAUGUUGAAUAGCCUAAUUAAUUCUCGAAUGGCAAAUGCUGGUCUAUUUUAUUCUAGACAACUUUUAUUAGCUACAUUUGAUCAAGCUAUACAUACUACAAAAUGGAAAGAUGAUCCAAUAACUACUUUCAAAGAUUUAAGUGUUAAAUGGACAGGAAAUGAACCUACACAAGGUACAUUCAUGCCUGCAUCAUUUGGACAUUUAGCUGGUGGAUAUGAUGCUCGAUAUUACAGUUAUUUGUGGAGUGAAGUGUUUAGCGCUGAUAUGUUUGAAUCACGUUUCAAGUGUGCAGUAGACGGUGGAUGUAUGAGUCAAUGUGUUGGACGUGAUUAUAGAGAGAAAAUACUCUAUCCAGGUGGUUCAAAAGACGCUAUAGAUAUGUUAAAAGACUUUUUAGGUCGUGAACCUAAUGAUAAGGCUUUCUUUAAAUUAUUAAAUGUUGAAGCAUAA